AAAACAAACAAACAAAAAACAACAACACAACAGUGCCCCAGACUCCCUCCCUCCAAUGUACACUGCAUACAAAGACUAGACAAACGAUGCCAAAGGUUACACCAGGACGACAAUGAAGUCCAAGUCACUCAUCUUGGCGCUUCUUUUUAUCAAGCUAGCUACUUAAUAUUACCACUUAGAAUCAUUCUCCGAGGCCAGCCAGCUUUCUCAAAAAUCCUCCCCAAAUGCAGUUUACAUUCUUCCUUCACUCCUCCAAACCUUAUAACAUUAUUCCCUUUUCCCGUGGCAUAAUACAAUCCAGAGGCAUCCUCUCUGAGAGUCUACAUCCUUUCAAUCCUCCAAGAAACAGCUCCUCCUCCCAUCCUUGAGCUUUUCUCACCCAGAAUAGGCUGUACCAAACAUUUCUACAUUGUAUUAACUCGAAUUAUAUCACAGAUCGAGGUCUUUGCUUUCAGAAAAGACUCACAUUCUUCUCAUAUAGGCCUCGCAGGGCCUGGCCAAGUACUUCCUAAGCUCGGAACAAAUACUGGUCAACUUUAAUUGAACCAAAUCGGGCGGGGUUUGCGGAGUCUGAGGGUGCAACGUUGGGGAGAGGGGGAUGAAAACACUGGAGGACGGGCUGAAAGCGUCAAGUCCGACACAAAAGAGGCGUCAGACAAAACGCCAAGAGGCUGGGGACUGGGAACGAAUGAAGAGUUGCUGCCAGGGACGACCUGCCACCUGCGCGAGGCAGCGGAGUAGGACGGCUGCCGUUGGUGGGCGUGGUCGCGCCAGUCUCGCGGGAGCGGCCGUUGGGCGGGCCGUUGUCCCUGCGGGCGGGGCGAGUUGCUAAGGAAAUGACUGCCCACAGCGCCUGGCCCAGGCGCGCCGGCCGGGCGGGGUCUGGAGCGGCGCCGUUUCCGCUUCCGCUCCCUCUCAGCUCCCGUCCCGUUACCGCCUCCUGGCCGGCCUCGCGCCUUUCACCGGCACCUUGCGUCGGUCGCGCCGCGGGGCCUGCUCCUGCCGCGCGCACCCCCGGGGCUUCGGCUCCGGCACGGGUCGCGCCCAGCUUUCCUGCCCCUGAGGCCGCCGGCCAGCCGCCGCCAUGGGUGCCUACCUCUCCCAGCCCAACACGGUGAAGUGCUCCGGGGACGGGGUUGGUGCCCCGCGCCUGCCGCUGCCCUACGGCUUCUCCGCCAUGCAAGGCUGGCGCGUCUCCAUGGAGGAUGCUCACAACUGUAUUCCAGAGCUGGACAGUGAGACAGCCAUGUUUUCUGUCUACGAUGGACAUGGAGGGGAGGAAGUUGCCUUGUACUGUGCCAAAUAUCUUCCUGAUAUCAUCAAAGAUCAGAAGGCCUACAAGGAAGGCAAGCUGCAGAAGGCUUUAGAAGAUGCCUUCUUGGCUAUUGAUGCCAAACUGACCACUGAGGAAGUCAUUAAAGAGCUGGCACAGAUUGCAGGGCGACCCACUGAGGAUGAAGAUGAAAAAGAAAAAGUAGCUGAUGAAGAUGAUGUGGACAAUGAGGAGGCUGCACUGCUGCAUGAAGAGGCUACCAUGACUAUUGAAGAGCUGCUGACACGCUACGGGCAGAACUGUCACAAGGGCCCUCCCCACAGCAAAUCUGGAGCUGGGACAGGCGAGGAACCAGGGUCCCAGGGCCUCAAUGGGGAGGCAGGACCUGAGGACUCAACUAGGGAAACUCCUUCACAGGAAAAUGGCCCCACAGCCAAGGCCUACACAGGCUUUUCCUCCAACUCGGAACGUGGGACUGAGGCAGGCCAAGUUGGUGAGCCUGGCAUUCCCACUGGUGAGGCUGGGCCUUCCUGCUCUUCAGCCUCUGACAAGCUGCCUCGAGUUGCUAAGUCCAAGUUCUUUGAGGACAGUGAGGAUGAGUCAGAUGAGGCGGAGGAGGAAGAGGAAGACAGUGAGGAAUGCAGCGAGGAAGAGGAUGGCUACAGCAGUGAGGAGGCAGAGAAUGAGGAAGAUGAGGAUGACACCGAGGAGGCUGAAGAGGACGAUGAAGAAGAAGAAGAAGAGAUGAUGGUGCCAGGGAUGGAAGGCAAAGAGGAGCCUGGCUCUGACAGUGGUACAACAGCGGUGGUGGCCCUGAUACGAGGGAAGCAGUUGAUUGUAGCCAACGCAGGAGACUCUCGCUGUGUGGUAUCUGAGGCUGGCAAAGCUUUAGACAUGUCCUAUGAUCACAAACCAGAGGAUGAAGUAGAACUAGCACGCAUCAAGAAUGCUGGUGGCAAGGUCACCAUGGAUGGGCGAGUCAACGGGGGCCUCAACCUCUCCAGAGCCAUUGGGGACCACUUCUAUAAGAGAAACAAGAACCUGCCACCUGAGGAACAGAUGAUUUCAGCCCUUCCUGACAUCAAGGUGCUGACUCUCACUGACGACCAUGAAUUCAUGGUCAUUGCCUGUGAUGGCAUCUGGAAUGUGAUGAGCAGCCAGGAAGUUGUAGAUUUCAUUCAAUCAAAGAUCAGCCAGCGUGAUGAAAAUGGGGAGCUUCGGUUAUUGUCAUCCAUUGUGGAAGAGCUGCUGGAUCAGUGCCUGGCACCAGACACUUCUGGGGAUGGUACAGGGUGUGACAACAUGACCUGCAUCAUCAUUUGCUUCAAGCCCCGAAACACAGCAGAGCUCCAGCCAGAGAGUGGCAAGCGAAAACUAGAGGAGGUGCUCUCUACUGAGGGGGCUGAAGAAAAUGGCAACAGCGACAAGAAGAAGAAGGCCAAGCGGGACUAGCAGUCAUCCAGACCCCUGCCCACCUAGACUGUUUUCUGAGCCCUCCGGAACUGAGACUGAGUUUUGUCUUUUUCCUUUAGCCUUAGCAGUGGGUAUGAGGUGUGCAGGGGGAGCUGGGUGGCUUCACUCCGCCCAUUCCAAAGAGGGCUCUCCCUCCACACUGCAGCCGGGAGCCUCUGCUGUCCUCCCCAGCCGCCUCUUUGCUCCUCGGGCUCAUCACCGGUUCUGUGCCUGUGCUCUGUUGUGUUGGAGGGAAGGACUGGCGGUUCUGGUUUUUACUCUGUGAACACUUUAUUUAAGGACAUUCUUUUUUAUUGGCGGCUCCAUGGCCCUCGGCCGCUUGCACCCGCUCUCUGUUGUACACUUUCAAUCAACACUUUUUCAGACUAAAGGCCAAAACCUAAUCGUA